UACCCGGACAAGCUCAUCUCAAAGUGGACCACCGCCAUGGACCGUUCGCGCUACCUAGCUGAUUCUGAAGCAAAGUAUAAGCUCUACUUUGAGCUACUCUAUCAGAAGAUUACUGAGUAUCAGCUUGAAGCUCGAGAUAUAUACAAUAUGGAUGAGAAGGGCUUC